AUGGCUGAAGCUCAAGCUCAAGGACAACGAGGUGGAUUCGGUAGAGGACGAGGUGGUGCUGGUGGAAGAGGACGAAGAGGUCCCAGAAGAGGUGGUAAGAAGGAAGAGGAGAAGGAAUGGGUCCCCGUCACCAAGCUCGGUCGACUCGUGAAAGACGGUAAAAUCAAGUCUCUCGAGGAGAUCUACCUCUUCUCUCUCCCUGUCAAGGAAUACCAAAUUGUAGACAUCUUCCUCCCCGCCCUCAAGGACGAAGUCAUGUCCAUCAAACCCGUCCAAAAGCAAACUUCUGCCGGUCAACGAACUCGAUUCAAGGCUUUCGUUGCCGUUGGUGAUUUCGAUGGACACGUCGGUCUCGGUGUCAAAUGCGCCAAGGAAGUCGCUACCGCCAUCCGAGGAGCCAUCAUCGCUGCCAAGCUCUCCAUCACCCCUGUCCGAAGAGGAUACUGGGGUUCUCACAUUGCUGAACCUCACACUGUCCCAUGUAAAGUUUCCGGUAAAGCUGGUUCCGUCAUGUGUCGAUUGAUCCCUGCCCCUCGAGGUACUGGUAUCGUCGCCGCUCCAGCUUCCAAGAGAAUGUUACAAAUGGCCGGUAUCCAAGACUGUUACACCCAAUCUAAAGGUUCUACUGCCACUCAAGGAAACUUCUUGAAAGCUACCAUGGCCGCUCUCUCAAAGACCUACCAAUUCCAAUCUCCCGAUCUCUGGAAACACGUCGAUGUUGGAAACUCUCCUUUGGACGUUUACUCUGGUCACCUCGCUCUUGCCGCCAAGAAAGCCGCUGCUUACUAA